AGGGCGGUGGGGAGGAGGCUCGGCGGCCUGGAGGGCGGAGGACGCUGCGCAGUCCCAGCCUGGAGCUUCAAAACAGCCGGCGCCUCGCCCCACGCGCAGCCCGCCACUGUGUCCAGACGCCCGCGCCCGGUCUGGAUUUGCCUCUUGCCGUCUUUGUCUCCUCAUUGUCUCUGGACUUGCCCCUGACCCUUUGGCCUUUACUGCCCUGUGAACAUGUUGGUGAUCCUUGCCUUCAUCAUCAUCUUCCACAUCGUGUCCACAACACUCUUGUUCAUUUCUACCAUCGACAAUGCCUGGUGGGUAGGAGAUGGCUUCUCAGCUGACCUCUGGAGAGUGUGCACGAACAGCACAAACUGCACGGAGAUCAACAGCCUGAGCAGCGCUGAGGAGGGUGGAGGUUACUCUGUGAUGCAGGCGGUGCAGGCUACCAUGAUCCUCUCCACCAUCCUCUCCUGCAUCUCCUUCCUCAUCUUUCUGCUCCAGCUCUUCCGCCUCAAGCAGGGUGAGAGGUUCAUCCUGACGGCCAUCAUCCAGCUCAUGUCCUGCCUGUGCGUCAUGAUCGGGGCUUCCAUCUAUACAGACCGGCGCCAAGACUUUCACAAUCACUCUGGGCUCUAUGACUUCGUGAAAGAAGGCAGCUACGGCUACUCUUUCAUCCUGGCCUGGGUGGCCUUCGCCUUCACCUUCGUCAGCGGCUUCAUGUACAUGAUCCUGAGGAAGCGCAAAUAAGCCAGACGCCCGCUCUCCCAGGGCGGCCUCCGCGGCCACACAGCCAUCUUGUGUAUAAUCUUUUUGUGUGUGUUUUUUCUAGCAAACAUAUUGUUUCCUUUAAAGGCUUUUAUAAAAAACAAGAAGAGGAGGAGGAGGAGGAGGAGGAGGAGGGUGAGGAGGAGGAGGAGGACACAGACAGAGAAGAGGAGUUUCUGCAUUCUUGGGAUCACAGACCAGACCAUGAAGGCAGGCAUUCUGAAUGCCUGCUUAUCAAAAGUCUUAGCAAGGCCCAGCAAGGUCCACAGGAUGCUUCUCAUGGGGGUGGGGUGGGGUUGGGUGGGGUGUUCCGUGGUGUGGGUGUGGCCAAAGGUCAGGAACGCCAGUCUUGGGAGCAGGCUCUUUGUAGGGGUCUGCCUUGCCCCUCUUCCCUGCCCACUCCACUCUAACAGCCACAGGUGGGCUGAUGAGGGCCCAAAUGUGGGUCAUCUGUGCUCAGAUAUUAAACCUAAGUUCCUGUAAGAAGUGGGCAAAGACUGGCCCUGGUUUGUCUGUAAGGGACUCAGAGUUUCCCAUCCCCCCUGCCAUGAGUUAGGUCAUCACACUAAUUUGUUGAUGUUUGCUCAUGUUUGCCUUAAAGAUAGUGACCCUUGACCCAGAUGUCAUGUUCAGGCAUUGGGUGUCCAUAGGGUAAUUCCAUAGGGCAUCUAUUACAUGUCAGUUCACAAGUCUACUUUCAAGACCCUCAGAAUCCUUUAUAGAAGGGGCGGGCCUGGGUGUCUGAAUUUCUGAUGAGCUCCCUGCAAAAUGGUUAAAUGCACUAAAACUGGAGGGCAGAGCCCUAGAACCGGGGCAGCAGAGCCACCCUGUAGAUGUUACCAGGCUCAUCACAAUGAGAUGGCCCCACUGCCAGCCACAUCUUAGCCUCCACCAGCCCUUGCUGCCUCUUCCACAGAUGCUUACAUCUGGGACACUUGUGCCCUACUCCCAGACCAUAAGCCUAAACCUGGGAGAUGGUCUGGGCAGCCUCCUCCUUGACCUACAUGGGAAGAUCUCUCCAUUCCUUCCUGCUCUUCUUUCUAAUGCGGAUGCUUCCAUUAGGUCCCUGUUUCUGGAGCCUUGGAAGAUCUGUUUUCCAUUCAUUUAUCCACUCAUCUGCCAUUCAAUAUGAAUGGAUCUUGUCACGUGUUGGGUGCAAGGGUUACCCUUUCAAACAGUCCCUCACGAGACUCACAGUCUAGUGAAGAAUACACCCCAGAAACCAAUUAGAGAAGCUGCCACCAUGAUGGAAUAGCAGGGAUUCCAAACCCCCACGGUGAGAGGAAGCCCACUUCCUCUGUGUCUUUAAUGUGCCUUGAUAAAUCUCUGUGCACUGAAGAGCAGUCCCCUUGGUUCAAUGCCAUUCAUUGGGUAGUGCCCACAGGGUUUCACUAGAGAAUACUUCUGUAGAACAUCCUAUACUCCCCACAGGGAGACAGGGAAGGGGUCCCAGAGCCAUGGCUCUUAAGAUGGUCCUUGAAGGAAAAAGUCCAAUCAUUUCCAAGUGUGCCCUGAAACCUGAGGCCAUGGGGAGGUUUGCAGUGGUCCUGGAGGAGUGAUUUCCGCACCCGAGACGCAGGAGCUCUACGAUGGCAACCUUCUUCCUCUGACAUCCUUUUCCAUUUUUGAGUUGGAGAGGUGAUUCUGGGACAGGAUGUGUAUAUUUGUGUUGUUUAAACACAUUCACAUGUGAGCUGUUUGAGGGGAGCACUAACUCAGUGCCAGUGGAGCUGGGGAUGUUGGGUCUGAGUGGCUUUAGUACCAUCAUUGACACCCCCUUACUACAAACUGACUUCCCUCCCUUCCUCCCGCUCUUCUGUCCUCCUUUCCUUCCUUCCCUUAGAGGCACUGCCAAGGUGGCAUGGGCGGCAGCAACAGGGCAAAUUGCCCGAGUGAACUUUUUACAGCCCACUGCGGCUAGAUCUCAGCAGUCACUCCAUGUCUUUUGAGGAAGGAGGCCAAUCUAAAGUGUCCUUAUACCUUUCCCUUGGGGUCUUUUCUGAAAUAGUUGUUUAAAAAUUGUUCUGAUGAUCGUGAUGGAAACAGACCACCUUAGAACCAGAGGCACGAAAGCCUGACCUGAGCCAGCACAAAUUCCCACCUCAGGAACCUCCGGGGUUACAGGCGUGUCCUCAUCCGAUGCGAUGGGCAUGGCCCUGUGGGUUGUUCCUGCUUGCCACAGUGGCCAGCAGUCAGGGCCUGUGACGUGAGAAGUGUCUCUCCUGAUCUGUGCCCUGCAUUCGGGAUGCUAAGAAGAGGUGAGGGUCCUAGGUAGGAUGGGCUCUCAAUCGGUGCUUAUCACUAGUUAUCAAAGAACAACAGCAGAGUCAACUGUGUUAUCCAAGAAGCAAGUAUUAGGACCAAACCUGUCACUGUAUUUAAAGGAACUUUAGUUUGUGUAUCUUACAUUUUUAUAAAGUACUGUAAUUCAGGGGGAGGGGCAUGCAACAGAGACAGAUUAACCCAUGUUUGUCAUUUGCAUUAAAAUUAUUUUGGGUCUCUGUUUAAGGAA